AUGUUGAAAGCCACCAAAGCCCCCGCGUCUUUCGCUCAGUUCGCAAAGUUCCCACUUGAGCUGCGGGUGCUAGUUUGGAAAUAUACUUUGCCAAGCAUUGGGCCAGCAAUAUACCCUUAUCGCACUGGACUCUGGGAUACUCGCCUAAUUGAUGAGGGUGAUCCUCGUUUCAGUGUCAUGAAUCACAACUUGGAAAUGUUUUAUCAGCAUGAGUAUUUGCACAACGGCGCGCAAACCGAAGUUCCUACGCUUUUGGUCAAUCACGAAUCUCAUGCAGUCGCUCGAGCCUGGCUUCGCGACCAACAUUACCAAUUAUUUCGUGAUGGAGAUAGGGCACCCGAGGCAACCGGCGAUCCCAAGAACUGGACAUUUAAGCGUCUUUCCGACCCUGACCUGGAUAUCAUAUAUGUUGCUCCGGAAAGAUUUAUUGAUUUUCUUUCCGAGGAGGAAAACCGGACAAUGGACAACGAUUUAAUUCAUAUAAACCCCCUACCGUCUAGGUGUAAUUAUCGCACCACGUUUGACUACAGAGUACUCAUGGAUUCGGAAGUGGCCUUUGACGACCUCGUCGGCGGCCGGCGCCAUGACAUAGAAAGCUUUUCCGUUAUUAUGCAGGACUCACCCAGAAGUGUCAAUGUCGCAUCUUCUGGUUGGUGGGACCUCGAACUUACUAUAAAGGACACUUUUACUAUGAUAUGGAUCGGGCUCGCAUCCGGCUAA